CGCAGUUGAUUAUAUAAUAUUCACCUUGUGCACUCCCCGGUAGUCUGAGUGAAAAAUGGCAGCUGCCUUAUUCAGUAGUAAUGGAGAAGAGGCCAUUGGUCGAAACAUUGAUAUUGGCCAAGAUGACAUCCAAAGCAGUCCUGAGAAAGAUCUGGGUGAAUUCUAUGAAAUUGAAAAGACUGUCGAAUUUAUCCAGAGAAAUGCAGCCCAAAAGGUUGCCUUGCAGUUCCCUGAUGAUCUUUUAUUGGAUUCUGUGAAAGUGGCCAGAAAGCUGGAAGAGGCCACAGGCGCUAAGACUUAUAUCCUUGGAGACACUUCAUAUGGCAGCUGCUGUGUGGAUGAAGUAGCUGCAGAACAUGUCAAAGCAAAUGUCCUAGUCCAUUAUGGCCGUGCUUGUCUCAGCCCAUGCUGCCGACUUCCUGUUUCUUAUGUAUUUGGGCGGAAAGCAGUAAAUAUGGAUCUUUGUGCAGAAGCAUUCCUGAGCCACUACCGAGACACUGAGAGUCAUGUGGUUGUACUGAGCGAUGUUGUGUAUGACCAUGCACUAGGUGAACUGGCGAAAAGGAUAAGAUCUGCAUACCCUAAUGUUAUAUUUUCCAAACUGACCUCAUGUGGUGAAACAGCAUCUCCAGAUGAAAUUGUUAAGUUUGGACGCAGAUUUUCUCCAGAUUUAAGACUUUGGCCAGAAUCCUAUGGUAUUUUCUAUGUUGGUGGUGAGGGUUCAACUCUUAACAACCUCAUGUUGACUUGGCCGCGCUGCUCAUUCUUCAGCUUUAACCCAUUCACAGGAGAGGGCAGGACAGAGGGGCUCCAUGUAAAUCGAGCUUUAAUGAAACGUUUUUACCUCAUUGAAAGGGCCCGUGACGCCCAUGUGUUUGGAAUUCUAGUUGGAACAUUGGGUGUCUCUGAUUACCUCUCAGCAUUAAAACAUCUGAAAAAUAUUAUUCAUCUUGCUGGCAAAAAGAGCUACAUGUUUUCUGUGGGAAAGCUGAACCCAGCCAAGCUGGCCAAUUUUCCAGAAAUAGAUGUCUUUGUACUGGUGGCCUGUCCUGAGAACUCUCUGCUUGAUUCCAGCGAGUUCUACAAGCCUGUAGUUACUCCUGAUGAGAUGGAAAUUGCCUGUAAUCCAGCACGGGAGUGGCAUGGCUAUUGUAUCACAAAUUUCAGAGAGCUACUUCCAGGUGGUUCUGCCUAUGUGGAGUUCCCAGAGACUGAUCCAUCAGAUGCACACCAUACAGAUGUAUCUUUGAUCACAGGAAACCUUCGUUCUUCACACCUUACUGUAGCAGAGACACUGGAGAAGGAUUCAGAUACAUCUUUGGUGCAGCGGAAUAGCAAAACUGCUUUGGCUCAGAUGAGUUCUGCAGCAUCCUAUUUGGCCUCCCGUAGCUGGCAAGGACUAGAUAAGGCAUUGGGUCAAACGCCAGUGGUGAAGGCUGUGGAAGGUCGCAAAGGAAUUGCUAUAGCAUAUGAAGAUGAAAUUUGCAGCUGAGAGAAGACUGCAAAUAAGAAGAAAGCUGGCUUUCCAUACAAAAGUGGACCAUCCGAAGUGCUGUUCCCCUACAGAAAAGAUCCAUUCACCCAAAGGCACAGUACUGCAGAGACUGGUUCAGGAGGUACACAGACAACAACAUUUUAAAUGUUUUUAUCCAAACAGUGCUGGUUAUAAUCACGUUAUAUAGGAGGAUGUGAAAUAUUCGGACGUUUGUAUGAUGAUGUUGCACUCUGUGACACUGCGAUUUUAUUGGCUGUCAUGUGUAACUUCCUUUUCCCUUUCAUGAUUUGCUUGCAAAGUAAUGGCAAUUACAGAUGGUCAAAUCCUGCCUGUAAUUUAUCAGCGUAAAAGGAGCAGCAAACACCAUUUCAAGAGUUGAAUACAGACCUGCUUAUAUUACAAAAUUAAUAACUUCUAUGUAUAGUUGUGAAACAGAUGCAUAAAUGACUGUUCCUGGAUCCUAUAGCAACAUUUCUGUAAGCCACACCAGCUCACUCACCCAGUUCAGCCUGUCUGGAAUUCAUUUACAGGAGAAUGUGGCUAAAAUGCCAUAUUUUAUAUACUGAACUUAUUGCACCAGUCUAAAGUUUCAGCUUCUUCAAAUUUGUCACAAGGGGUCACCAUCUUUGAAAGAGUCUGCGACACUCACAUGCUCCGUGUGCUUUGAGAAGCUGUUGAGAAACUAAGAUUAGGGGUCAUCACAAAUUUUCAAGCAGAAAAUGAGGUUGGCCUGUAUUAUAAGCUGAUGCUACAAGGCUAAUUCUUAAAUUCUGAUGCUAAUUGCACUGGUUUCUGUGCUGCUAUGUAGUAUCUGUAUUAAUUACUAAUUAGCCUUAUAUUGUGACAUUAAGAUUUUAUGUUUACUGUAUAUUUAGUCUAUCCCUAAACCCAGUAAGUGACAGCAGCACAGAGCAUGUGCAGUGAAUAAGCAGAAAAGAAGAUGGGGAGCUACUGGGGCAUCUUUGAGGGCACAGAUCUUUACUGUUAAAGGGUUGUGGUUGCCUUGGCUGGUACAGUAAACUCAAAACAUAAUGUACAAGAUUUCUAGCCUACUUCGUUAGUUAGACUUUAGUUCUCCUUUAAGCCUUGAUGAAGAUACCGAUUUUCAGUAGCUGUGCUGUAUAAUUGGUUUGAAAACCUAUUAAACUAAGUCCACCAACAA